CGCGGCCUGAGAAAAUUUCCUCUUACACUCCCUCCGCAGCAGGCUCCAGUUUCUCCUCCUAUCUUCUCCAUUUUACUAGUUCCUGCAGGAUUUCACUAGAAUAUUGUUUGGAGAAGGUAUGGAAGUUCUGCGCCCACAGCUUGUAAGAAUUGGUGGACGGAUUUACAGAAAAAAUCCCGUCCAAGAACAGACUUAUCAACAUGAAGAAGAAGAUGAAGACUUCUAUCAAGGCUUUGUGGAGUGUGCAGAGGAGCCCUGUGAUGCCUACGAGGUGGUGCAGACCCAGCAAGGUUUCCGGUGUACCGUGAAGGCCCCCAGUUUGCUCUACAAGCAUAUAGUUGGCAAAAGAGGGGACACUAGGAAGAAACUAGAAGUGGAAACCAAAACAUCUAUUAGCAUUCCUAAGCCUGGACAAGAAGGAGAAAUUGUAAUCACUGGCCAGCAUCGAAGUGGUGUAAUUUCAGCUCGAACUCGGAUUGAUGUUCUUUUGCUCACUUUUAGAAGAAAGCAACCCUUCACUCACUUCCUUGCCUUUUUCCUCAAUGAAGCUGAGGUUCAGGAGCGAUUCCUGAAGUUCCAGGAGGAAGUACUGGAGAAGUGCUCCAUGGAUCAUGGGGUUGAUAGCACCAUUUUCCAGAAUCCCAAAAAGCUUCACCUAACCAUUGGGAUGUUGGUGCUUUUGAGUGAGCAAGAGAUCCAGCAGACAUGUGAGAUGCUACAGCGGUGUAAAGAGGAAUUCAUCGAUGACAUUUCUGGGGGGAAACCCCUAGAAGUAGAGAUGGCAGGGAUAGAGUACAUGAACGAUGAUCCUGGCAUGGUGGAUGUUCUUUAUGCCAAAGUCCAUAUGAAAGAUGGCUCCAACAGGCUGCAGGAAUUAGUCGAUCGAGUGCUGGAACGUUUUCAGGCAUCUGGACUAAUAGUGAAAGAGUGGAAUAGUGUGAAACUCCAUGCAACAGUGAUGAACACUCUAUUCAGGAAGGACCCCAAUGCUGAAGGCAGGUACAAUCUCUACACAGCGGAUGGGAAAUACAUCUUCAAGGAGAGAGAAUCAUUUGAUGGGCGAAACAUUUUAAAGCUGUUUGAGAACUUCUACUUUGGUACCCUGAAGCUCAAUUCAGUGCACAUCUCUCAGAGGUUCACAAUAGACAGCUUUGGAAACUACGCCUCCUGUGGGCAAAUUGACUUCUCCUGAGGUGGAUCUUGGGAAGCGCUAGAAGUUGAACAUCCUCACAAGGUGCAGAGGGAAAGUAUCUUCGUUUGAAUUACUGAAGAGGGAUAUAGAAAUUUGGAUGGUGACUUUACUGGGAGGUUCCCCACACAAACCAUGGUCUCUAAUGGUUGUUCACAGUCCUCAAACUGUCUGUCAUCCAAGGGGGUUGUGGGUACGGGGUGGUUAUGUAACCCUUGGCUUGUUCAUCUUUCACAGGGUCUCCCUUUCUUUCUGAAGUUCUUCUCUGGAAAUGUACAUCUCAAGCCCAUUGGAGCUGAGAUUCACGUUAUUUCUUAUACACCUACUGAUUUUGCUCCAGCCAUUAAACUUUCAUAUUAAUACUUUAAAAGAGAAUUAAAGAUGUGGUUUUGUUACUCUCUCCACCUAAACCAAAU